UUCCCGCCAUGGCGUUCCAUUCGCGCUUCCCUCUGUUGUCAGGCUUGGUCCUCCUCCUCUUUUGCGGUUGCCUUCUAGCCCAGGAACACUUCAUUGUCGGAGGUCAGAAUGCCGUUGAGGGCGAUGCCCCGUAUCAGGUGUCGCUGCAAACCCCCGUGGGCAGUCACCUGUGUGGUGGAGCCAUCAUUGCGGAUCGCUGGAUCCUCACCGCCGGUCACUGUGUCAGAGGUUAUCCCGCCAGCCGUCUCCAAGUGGCCACAGGGAGUCUGCGCUACGCGGAGCCCGGAGCCGUUUACUAUCCGGAUGCCAUCUAUCUGCACUGCAAUUACGACACUCCCAAAUAUCAGAACGACAUUGGGUUGCUGCACCUGAACGAGACCAUCGUCUUUGAUGCCCUCACGCAGGCAGUGCGUCUGCCUAGUUCCCCCCUUCCCCAGGGCACCGCAAAUCUUGUGUUCACCGGUUGGGGCGCCCAGUCGGCUUCGGGCAGUCUGCCCUCGCAGCUGCAGCGCGUCCAGCAGCAGCAUCUUGGCAGCCAGGUCUGCGCUUCUCUACUCAGUCCCUAUGAGGAUCUGGAGCUGGCUCCUGGCCACCUUUGCGCCUACCGACAGGCCAACAUAGGCGCCUGUCACGGGGACUCUGGCGGUCCGCUGGUCUAUGAUGGGACCCUGGUGGGCGUGCUCAACUUCUUUGUGCCGUGUGCCCAGGGCGUGCCGGAUCUAUUUAUGGAUGUCAUGUACUAUCGGGAUUGGAUGCGACAAACGAUGAGUGGCAAUGGCAAGUGUGCGCAGGUCAAUCAGCAGAUAAUAAUUGGUUAAAUAAAUACUGUUAAAAGCACUAAUAGAAAAAACGUUCUUAUAUAAGGAGGAAUCAUAUUAUUAUUAAAUCUAUUUAACUAUUUUAUAAUUAUAAACAUUUAAUGUAAAACAUUUAUCAAUAUAAAGGAAGCAAUUCAAUUAUAAAUAAAUAAAACGUUUUCAAAAGAAAACUUCAAAAUAAGUUUUCUGAAAAAUAAAA